CUCACCCCAACUCACCCUCUGACCAUGCCAUCUUUCCUCCAGCCCAGCCCCAUGCCUCACCUUGGGGUAAGAGUGGACCGACCCUCCUCAGCCUUCUCCCUCAUUCAUUGAUCCCCCAGCACAACCUGCUGCCUUGCCCCGUUACCACUGAUCCCCAAGCCUGACCUGCCCUUCCAAUGCCCCCCGCACUCCCUCCGCUAUGACUCCCCCAGCCAAACCUGCCUCCUCAGGUCCCCUCACUCCUGCCUGCCCCAUCAGCCCCGGCUGGCCAGUUCCCCCUUCAGUCUGCUACAUUCCCUCUGACCUCCCCCCACCCAUUCCUCUGCUCCCAUUCUCAGCCUGGACCACUGCCUUGCCUUCAGCUAAGGACUGGACUGAUCAUCCCCAGCCCUCCCUCACCCUGACCCUGCUCAGCCCAUCCAGUCCCACCGACCACAUAGGCUGAUCAGCUCCUUGGCCUUUGGGUAAAGACCAGACUGCCCCUUCACCCCCAGCUUGACCUGCCACCACUCCUUCAGGAAAGGACCAGAUCUGCCCCCAGAGCCUCCUAGCCCAACCCUCAGCCCCCACAACCCACCACCUCUGUUCUCACUAAAGAUGGGACCGACCUGCCCCAGCCACCUCCCCCCAACCUCCCCUCUCUUCCUGAUGCAUCUCCUCUGGGUAAGGAUAGGACUGAACCCCCUCUCAGCCCUGCUCCGGAGGCUGCUCCAUCCCUGCCCAGCUCCUCAUCCCCAAUCCAUGGUGCCCUCUCGCUCUCCUUCAAGUAAGGACAAGAUGGAUCCCUCCUCCCCGUUGCUCCCUCCUCAGCCCCCAUUUGGGGGGCAGCCCCCUCUCUAUUAUCCUCCUGUCCUUGCUGUCCCUCCCGGCCCCCUCAGCUCAACUCCCAUUUAGCUUUCCUUGGUCCUGCUACCCCCAACCCUUCUGGGAAAUGGCCCCUCUUCUCUCCCCACUGUCUGAUCUCCCCCUUCCUGUGCUGCUCCUGGGGUACCCCUUCUUCCAACAUUGGCAGCAGGCCCCACCUUGGAGCCGGGGGCGGGAAGUCUCCCUGCUUUGGGAUCACCUGACUCCACCAACUCCCUUUGCGCUGGCUCCUCGGCGCCGGUAUCCAAUUCAGCAGGCCCAAUACUCCUCAUUGGGGGCCCUUCCCACAGUAUGCCUGGAUGGCUACCAGAGGAAAAGCCUGCUAUCUGCUCGCAACUCCAGCAUGGUGCACAGCCCGGUGACAGUGAAGAUCGCCCGGCCGGACAGCAACCUGGCUCGCUCUCCACUCUUGGAGCAGCUGGUUUCGCCUAUGGCCUUGUCGUGCAAUAGCACCCUGGACCCAUGUGCAAAGGAGACUGUACUGAGUGCCCUCAAAGAGAGCAGGAAGAGGGCUGUGGAGGAGGAGGACCAGAGUUUCCCCAGUGGUCAGGAGAACAAAAGAAGACGCCAUGACAGCAGUGGCAGUGGGCAGUCUGCAUUUGAGCCUCUGGUAGCCAAUGGAGCCCCAGCUUCUCUGGUACCCAAGCCAGGCACUUUGAAGAGGGCCCUCGUUUCCCAGUGCCUAGAUGAUUGCUUGAGCAAGAGAUCGCGCACUUCUUCCAUCAGCUCCAUGAACACCACAUAUACUGGUGGGAUUCCCAGCUCCAUCCGCAAUGCCAUCGCUAGCUCCUACAGUUCCACCCGGGGACUCUCGAAGUUGUGGAAGAGAAGUGGCCCGAGUACUUCACCUCUCUCCAGUCCAGCAUCUUCCCGCUCUCAGACACCGGAGAGGCCUAGCAAGAAAGCCAGGGAGGAGGAUGCUCACUGGUCCAGCACGUCUACCCCUGUAAAAUCUGACAAGGAGCUGCAGACAGAAAAGGCUUUGGAGACUCCUGUGCGGAAGAAGCAGAGUUCCUUGACCUCGCCUGCCAUGUCGGGGAGCAGUGGGAAACGCAAGCGGAAGAUCCAGCUGCUUUCUUCUCGCCAAGGAGACCAGCUUACCCUGCCCCCACCCCCUCAGCUGGGUUAUGCUGUCACAGCAGAGGACUUGGAUGCAGAAAAGAAAGCAGCACUGCAAUGGUUCAACAAAGUCUUGGAGGAUAAGACAGUAGAGGCCACCCCAAGCACUGCUGCAAAAAGCACCCCUGCAUCCAGGCCUGUGUCAUUCACACUGACAUCUAGUGGGCCUACAUCUGUUUCCUCGGCCCCCCUGGUCACCAGCACUGGGUCACUCCUGGAGAGUCUGAAGAAGAUGCAGAGCAGCCAGAGUGCACUUGUGCUUUCAGAUUCGACUGGUGCUGCAAUGACAUCUCAGCUGCCUCUGACAGUUCCCAUGGUAUUGCUGGAUUCAGGUUCACUCCCUGCAGCUGUGUCUGACUCCAAGCCUGGGCCUGCUCCCUUGGCCCCUCCCUCCUCCACUGCCCAGCCUGCCAGCAGUGUGAGCAACCUGGCGAUUCCUGCUUCAACUGACCUGGGCCAGACGCCCGCCAAGACACCCUCCCCCCCUAAACCCAGCAUUCUCUUUGGGAUGCUGAGCACACCGCCCGCCAGCCAGCCUGGACCAGGGGCAGCAUCCACCGCACCCACGGCCACCCCCAUGUUCAAACCAGUCUUUGGCACCCUGCCAAAAAGCGAGAGCGUGGCGCGCUCUGCAGCUGGCACCUCUCUGGCAGUCACAGCAUCUACCAGCUCUGUGCCUCCCUCGACCGCGUCUUCCUCUGCCGCCACCACCACCACAUUCAAGCCCGUCUUUGGGAACUUAGCAGCUGCUGCUGCUGCACCUAUAGCAACAGCGUCUCCUUUCACAUUCAAGCAGAUACCUCAGCCAGCCCCAGCUGCUGAUCUGACAGCACCUUCCACUACAGACACCACCUCUGUCUUCACCGGCCUCCCCAGCGCUGUCUUUACUACUGCAGCCAGCGCUGCCAGCACGCUGAGUGCCACCACUGACGCCACCACAAAGCCAGCCUUCAGCUUUGGACUUGGCGUGCCACUCACCACCAGUGCAUCCAACAGCACAACCGUCACUGCGCCCGUCUCCACUAGAGCAACCCAGCCGUUCCUGUUCGGAGCCUCUCCAAACCCGGCCCCCAGCACAGCAGCAAGCUUCACAUCUACCGCUCCUAUCUUCCAGUUCGGAAAGCCUGCAGCCCCCACUGCCAGCGUUCCGGCAGGCUCCACCUUCGGGCCAGCACAGGCUGCUCCCAGCACCACUGCUGGCUUUAGCAUCUUUGGGGGCACAAAUCUGACUUCUUCUACCCCACCAACCACCGGUCAGGCAACGCUGUCGUUUGGUUCCUCCACUGCAGCAUUUGGUGGUUCCUUUGGAACAGGUGCAAAACCGCCCCCUCCGUAUCCCGGUGCAGCUGGUCAGCCUGCGUUUGCCAGUGGCACCCCGGAGAGCCAGCAGCCCACCAGCAAACCUGCCGCUGGCCCCGCGAGCUUUAGUACCCCUGCUUUUGGCUUUGGGGCCUCUGCAGCUCCCUCUGCGGCACAGCCGGCGUUCGGGAACAACUCGCAGCCAGUUUUCGGAGGGACUAAUACCCAAGUUUCCUUUGGCACCAACAGCUCCCAGCCAGCUUUUGGAGGCACUACAUCAGUGUUCUCCUUUGGAACAGCCACCACUUCAAGCACGUCAAGUUUUGGCUCCAACACCCAGCCUACGAAGAGCAGUACAGGUAGCAUGGUGUUUGGCGGAACCACUGCCUCUCCAUUCCCCUUUGGGGUGUCCAACCAGCAGAGCACAGGCGCCAGUGCCUUUGCCAUGGGAGCGUCUGCCCUGAGUGGGGGCACCCCCUCCGUGGCAUUCAAUUUUGGGGCUGGACAGAAUGGAUCGGCAAGCACAGCAACCCCCUUUGGUUCUUCCCUGACACAGAACACGUUGUGUGCCCAAAACCAGAGCACGCCGUUCGCCUUCGCUGUGCCUGGCACUCCUGACAGCAAGCCUGUGUUUGGAGGAACUCCCACUCCCUCCUUUGGGCAGAGCAUGCCUGCUCCAGGAGCAGGGCCUGUUGGGAGCAACAGCCUUUCCUUUGGGACCCCCAGCACUCCUGGGUCGGGCUUUGGAGGAGCCAGGCCUCCAUUUGGACCAUCAACCCCUGCGUUUUCCAUCGGGGCAGGAUCCAAGACUGGGCCCCGUCAGCGGCUGCAGGCACGAAGGCAGCACCCCCGGAAAAAAUAACCUCUUGGGUCUUCUGUUGGAUCUUAGUUCUGGCCCAGCUGUGAAGAGCCCCAGCCCAGCCACCUGAGCCGAGGGUAUCUGAGCUCUAAGAAACCCUUCUGACAAGGAGACGGGGCCCUUGGGUCAGGCGCUCUGUUCUGAAAUUGGCUGGAGACGCUUCUGGGUGGCGGCGACUCCGACGCAGGACAGGACAAACCAAACCCUUCGUACUUGAACAGUUCCACAGCCGAGACUGGAUAAACUCUGUACAUAUCAGCAGCGUUCCUUUCCUCCCUUAUUUCUCCAGGGCUCACAAUGUGUCAUUUCUCCAUGGCUUCAUCUAGUUACUCCUGUGCUCUUCUGACCAUACUGACACUUCAGCCUUGCCCAUCCACCGUGUACCGAGUGUGUGGCGUGGGAGCUGGUGGGGGACGAGGGGAGGUGCCCAUGGUGCAGGCUCAUAUGCACGUUCCCUGUCUGUGCCUGAAUGGAAACUCGCAUUCUGCUCCUUCCCAUGCUGUGGCCCUGCAUUCCCCCGUGUAGCUUUGCUAUAAGUGAGGUUCUUCCCUCCAGGCAGAUGCGUUCCCAGUCUGCCUCGUGGCUGCUGGUCCUGGAAGGGGUGUAUUUUCACUGGCUCCAGAGGCCUUUCCCUGCACGGUGAUCUCAUGCCCUGGUAAAUGCACCUCUCCCCCCUCCUCCUAAGGGACUCCAGCCUCUGGUUUGAACUGGCAGGUGCUGGCUUGCCAGACAUCUGGCCUGGACAAACUUUGUAGGUGGGACUGGCCCGAGUCCCUGUGUGUUGGGGAGUAACUCUUGGUGCUCCAGACAGCUCCUGCAUCUGCGCCUAAUGACGCGCUGUGAGCAAUCUGCCUCUCAGUGCUCCCACACAGACCCUGCAACUCAGCAUCUUGCCUUGCUGCGGGAACCCAGGCCACUGCAGGGGUAGCCAACCUCUGCAUCCAGGAGAGCAGGAGGGUGGUGCCUUUGGUGCACCAGCCAUGUUCUGCCAGGCCCAGGCCCAGGCAUGAGCAGAACCCCUGCCCAGAGGAGGUGGGAUGCUGCCACUUACUGCCCUCUCCCAUCGUGAUGCUUCUGUAGUCUUCCCUGCUCCUGUCUAAGCACUGUCUGUUGUGCUCUUCGUAUGUUUGUUCGCUCAUUGAAUCGAGCUUGGAGGAAGAAUUGAACCGUGUGAGUGGCGGCAUGUUGGUAAUGCCGGAUUUGCUGUGUAAAGAUUUUGCGGGGAGGCUGUCUCCUAGUGGAGGAUGCACCCUGCCUCAUUGGGUGUUGAGAGUAGCAUCGUUGUGUGGCUACUAGUGCUGAGUGAACUCUAUCUUAAAUGUGAUGACUGAAAGGAUGGCAGCCUGGGCCGUGGGGGGGUCGCAGGCGCUGGAAGGGUUCCCUAGUUCCCAGGCUGGCGGCUCUUCUCUCCCUGUGUCUGCCCAUGAGCUUGGUACCCAGCCAGGGCUCUGUCGCACACGUCCCCUCAGUGCCAGGCUUCCCUAGGGCUGCCCGAAGCCACUAAAGGGAAAGAAUCCUCAACUGACACGCUUAGGACUCUGCUUCUUGCCCCUUUUAAAACUUGCAACCUCCUCCUCCUCCCUUAGCCUGGCUCCAGGGGCUGGGUGUGCUCAUUUCCAGCCAGCGGGGGGUGCUCAUGGGGCUGCCCCUGUGCCUUGGCGCUCAGAGGGGAGAGGGCCAGGGCUCCUGUUCCCUCUACUGUCCACCGCCUCUGGGGAGCUCUCACUGGGAGGAGGAGGAGGCCUUGUGUGCCUCGGGGAGAGUGGCCAACACCCCAAAGGCCUAGGCCCCUUUGACCCCCCCAUGGUCCAAGAGUGAUUCUGGCUGCCAGAUCUUUUUACUACUCAGAGGUGUGAGUGUGUGUCUGCCGAAUCCUAAAUUAACAGAUAUUUAAACAUUUUUUAAGAAAAUAAAAAUUUAUUUUUAUAUUUAAGCUAAAUUGCCUUUGAAUUCCUUCAAGCUUGGUUCACUGAGGUGGUCAAAAGUUCAAAGCUGUCGACUAGGAUUUAGCUGUGCAGUUACCUCUGGGAGGAGGAAGUGGUCCCUUGUGGGCCUGGAACCCACCCCUGCCAGCCAGGGCAGGCUGGGCUAGCAGCUGGGAAGUGAGCUAGCCCAUGGGGCAAGAAGGGCUGACCUGCUCUGUUCGAGGGGGUGCAUUCUCUUCCUGCUGGCAGGAGCUGCCGGGCUUCUCCUCCCUGACAGCCAAUGUUACAUGAAAUGUACUUAAUUCUUUUAUAAUGUGAUGUAUGUGGAUGUGACUAAACUUUUUUAUUUUUCCUUGAGACUGAGACUUGGGAGCUCUUUGCACGUCAGAGAGAGUUGGGGGGUGGGGGGUUAUUUUUUUCUACCAGGAACAAUGAGCCUCUCCUGACUGGGGAGGUGGGACAUGGGCGGAAAGUCUCUGGGCUCUAGCAGCUGGGAGGUGGCUUCUUUUAGGGUGAGGGUGUCCUGCACUCACCCCUGUCCCUUUGGAGGGCUGUAGCUGCCUGGGGUUGGGCUGGUUUUCCCCAGCCUUUCCUUAGGAUACCAAAGCAGCCAUGGCGGAGCUCUGCCCAGCCAUGGAAAUAGCACCGGCCCAGCCUUGCUGGAGUCUCAUUUCAGUCUGACUCUUUGCACAGGUUUGGAAAAUCAGGUGAAGGGCUCGUACCUUAAAACUGAUCCCGAAUCCCCGCCCCCAGCAGAGCCGUCCUAGAGCACACGUCUGGGCCCAUAUACUGUUGAGCGCUGGUAUCAGGCCUGUGCUUUCCCAGCCUGCUGCUUGUGGGGGAGGAGGGCGUUGUUCAGAGGCUCUGGAGCUUCCCAAAUCCCCUGGGAAUUGGGGCAGGUUGGCUCUGACGCUGUGACUAAUCCGUGGCUGUUGGUUCGUGCCAACUUGUAAGCGAGUGUCUUUGCUCCCUGGCUUAGAUCAGAGAAUUGCUUCUCCUCUCCAGAAGAAAGGGGAGUAGUUCAGUGUCAACCAGUAAGCAAAGCUCAGGUAGGUGUUGGUAGCGGCUAUGCACUCUGCUGGCAGUCCUGCUCCCACACUCCUGCAUUCCUUGGAGACAGGCCAGGAGAGAACUGCUCGUCUCAGCUGACUUUCCACCACCACCACCAUUCUGCCCAGCCUCCCAUCUAAUAAUAAUAUUAUUAUUAUUUAUUAUUUAUUAUUAGGGCUGGUGGAGGAGCCGAACAGAACAAGGGUGGGUUGAUGGUGUGCGUUUAUAGAACAAAUUAGCAGCAGCUCAAAAGAAGUGCUUGCAGUGGUUUCUGCCCUGAAGCAAACCAUGUUCGUAAUCAGCCUUCAGGGCAUGGCAGUUUACUUUGAAGCCUCUUUAUCUACCUUCAUUCGUGGCCGUGCUAGGCUAGAGGUGACGUACGAGGCAGAGGCCACAUAUUAGUUUUCUGGGCACAUAUCAUGCUGCAUUGGUGUGUAACUUACUGCAAUUCUAGUGUCCUGCAGCAGAAUAUAAGGAGGAGGCCUCCUGCUCCUCAGACACAGCCGGGCUCCUGCAGGCUAAUUAAACUCCCUUGGGAGUAUAUUGCAUCUGAGGCCCCUGUUCAUACCAAUGCAGUGCAAGGCCUUUCCAUGCUGCUCUGCAGUUGUCUUGGUCAUUCACAUCGGAGGCAGGUUGCUGGGGCUGGUGGAGGAGCUGAACAGAACAAGGGUGGGUUGAUGGUGUGCGUUAAUGGAACAAAUUAGCAUAUCAAAAGAGCCCCUUGCAGUGGUUUCUGCCCUGAAACAAACCAUGUUCAUAGUCAGCCGUCAGGGUGUGGCGGUUUCCUUUGAAGCCUGUUUCAGGCUAGUCCAGUAAAAGAACCAGGGUAGGACAAAGUAAUAGGGUCCAGGUACCACCACGGACCGAUGGGCUGGUUCAGACGCUUCCGGGAGUGUUACCCUGGGCCGAGCUUGUCUUUAACUAGUGCUGGUGCUCUAAACUGCCAAGCAACUCAGCAGCAGUUAACGAGUCACUUUGCUGCAUCUUGGUUGGCUUUGUGUUUGUAAAUGGCCCUUUCCUUGUUCUCUAACCAAGUUCCACCAGCCUGAGUUUUCUCAGCUCUCCCACCGUUCUCUGCUGUGAUAGCAAAUACCAAAGCUGCCUAGUGACCAGGCCGCUGCUCUAAGGGACCCCAUCUGCGUAUUGCACAGAGACCUUCUGUUGUCCGGCUUCCUCUUUAGCUGGGUGAGAACUGUGUGUGUUGCAAACCUGAGUGGGCUGCAGUACAUGAAUGUUGGGGGGAGGGCGGGGUUUUUAUUACAAAUGAAAACUUAGAUCAUUCCUGGUGCAGCUGGUAGGGAUUUUUAGCGUGAAUGUGCAAUUUUUUCCUUGCUUAUGUCAUUGAUUUAAAAUAAAAACAAAAUUGUGCUUGA